ACUAACCACCGCACCAUUGUUCCUUUUAUACUCAUCUCCCACCUCCCCUCUCUCCACACACCCUCUUCUUGCGACAAUCAGGACAUCCUGGCCUCGCCACUGGAGACCGUCUACCUCGACAAACUGCCGGUCUAGCUUCGCCAUUGGCUCUACCAGCAUGGAUAAAAAGCGCAGGGCAACACCCUCAGACUUUCCCUCAACACGGCCAUGGCCUGUGGUUCAGCGGCGCAAGAUUGAGAAGCUCAAAGAGGCACGAAUGAGCGAGUUUGAGCGGUUAUGCAACGACAGCUUUGAGUGGCUCGAGAACUACUACCAGGGAUGUGUCUACGCUGCCAAUCAAAACAGGCCACAGACUGAGGCGGAGCAGCUGAACCUCUCGACCUAUAGCCACGCGUCGGGAUAUGGUGAUGAGGAGCAACAUACUAGCAACGAUAGACAGGAACGACAGACAGGAUCACACCAGUCUUUUACGGAUGGCGCUCAUAAUAGGACCAUGAUCGAGCAAUACGUGCACCAAGAUCAUGAAGCCAGCACCCCCUACGCCGCCACCAACACUCCACGCGCUAGUAGCCCUAUACAGGAGACUGCCAUAGAUUCACCAAACAUGUCGCAUCAGCUCAAUCGUCGGUCUCGUUCAAAAACCAGAUCUGGGCAGUUUCAGCCGAAGAGUCCCAAGACGCCCAGGUUAUUCUCGCCACUACGCAGCCCACGUUCACCGCAUGAACGGCAUCGAAUAACACCAAAACGCACGCGCCUGAGGGUGGAUGCCUCAGCGGCAACCAGGAGAGCCAUGCGAAUCAUGAGGACUGCACGGAAGAAAGCCAGCGAGCUCAUGGGAGAACAACGUGAAGGGACACGCCGUGGCAUUACCAGGAGGGGCCUCGCAUCAAAUAAUAGUGUCAUCCCAUUAGAGCCGCUACGGUCCAAGGACGAGGAGUCAUACCGACUGAUUUCGAUUAGUAGGAAAGAUGCAGCAUAUCUACCGCCGAAGGCAUCACCAUUCAGGCUAUCAGCCAUCGCUUACACUGAUCCAUCCUAUUCCGAAAAUGCGGUCAAGCAGGAUAGGGUAGCUCAAACCCAAGCGACACCAGGAUCAAGAGCACGGGAUUCCAUGACAUUGGUAUCACCCCUGUCAAGGUCAAGUUCUAUUAGAUCAAGAAACAGCCCCUAUAUCUCAACACCUCGUCUCACCAGGGGUCCUUCGGUCAGCUCCGGCAUGAACGUCGACCAAGAUGUCGAAAUCUACCAAGCGGAUUAUAGACGGCCCAGGAGCUCACCUUUCCAGGAUUCCACGGCACCUGUACGUUUCAACGACACUGAUCAACACGGGGCUGAAUCCAACACUGUCGAUGGAGCCAGAUCGUCAAAGUCAAGCGGAACAAACUCUCGGGCGCCGCGAGAGGUACCUCAUACUCCAAAUACCCAAGGGAGCGUUCUCAGUCUUAGCUCUAUUCUGGACAGUGUUGAUCGCAACGGAAACAGUGUGAUGUUGGGCAGACGAAGUGAUCAGGACGAACGUGCAGCAGGACUGCCAGGUUCGCAUACUACCGACAGAGAUCUCUCACGGCGGGGCAUCGACCAUUCAAGCGAAACUAGAAUCAACUCGAUGUUGAAGCCCCAGGAUUCCGAUAUCGCGCCGCGCUCAGGGUCGAACACCAUUGCGGAAACCAAACCAGCUGCACAGAAGGAUUCUCAUUCUAUCACCUCCGGUUCUGCAGGGACAGGUUCUGCGUUUUUAGUCGACCAUCAGCCUAUUUCCAGAUCGCGAGUCGGCACCACCUUGCCUGAGAAACGCACCAUCGGUCAACGGAAACCCGUAACCCAAACAACCGGCUCCCAACCACAACCACCAACAUCACGGCUGUUGAAGAUGACAACAACGCUGCCGCUUAUGGCGCCCCCGGCCCCAACAUCAGGGAUCAGUGCAUCGAGCCAACCGCAGUCGUCUCUAACCAACACGACGGGCAGGGCUGCUAGACCAGGGAUAAUCGGCUUAUCCAAGGAUUCUCAGCCAACGACACAGGCCGUAGCAGCCCAGACAAAUUCAGCGGUGCCAUCAUCCGCGUCAUUGAACAUGUGGCGUCAAGGAGCUCCAAGAGCCCCGUUACCCCUGACGAGACCCACAGAGAGCAGUCUGGCACGGUCCGAAAGCCAGUCAGCGUUAACGCGCAAACCGUUCCUGAUCUCGAAAUCGACGUUAUUGCUUAAGAAACCUACGCGGACCGUACUCCAGGACAGCACCCUCACCGCCAGAUCGCUCGCCCUCUCUGGUAUUGCAAGGGCGGGCACACCGACCUCUCCGAAAAAGGAUACGAAGCGUGAUAUAAAAUUGCGCGAGCUCACACCGGAUGUUACCUCCAAAACCAGCACAACAUCGUCUGCGUCUAUGCAGACCUUAUCAACAUCAAGUACGUCAGGAACGACCAUGACUUCGACUCUGGUUUCGAUCCUCGCAGCGCAACAGUCGACAUCAUCCACAGCCAAAUCGUUAACUAAUGGCCUCCUGAGAGCAUCGCGAACCCAAGAAUCGCAAACGCGGGAGCUGCAGACGGAAGAGUCGACGACAUCGAAUAAGCAGUUGAAUGACUUCAAUCAAAGCGAUAAUCCUUUCGUGGUUCCUGCGCCUAUGCGUCCGCCCCCGAUACCCUCGUGGAGUCAAACCCGACGGCGCUCCCACCACGAAAGGACUCUUUUACCUGAGAUUAUAAGCGAGAGCGAAGAUGAUGGAGAUGAGUCCAGGGAUGGAAAGAGAGAUAGGCAUUUAGAAAUACCAGCCUGGGCAGAGUGGAGUGAACUGGAAAAGGCCAUGCAUCGUCAAAGCCAAUUGAAUCCUGAGGAUAUCUUUGGGCCGUUGCCUGUGCUCGAUAUGGGAGAGAUCUUCCCGGUUAAACCAAACCGACUCCGGCCGAGGACGAGCUCUGCACACUGGAGCACAACAGACCGACUAACAGUUCAGGAGGUCAUUCGUUAUAAUGAGGAUAUGGGGUGGUCCGCUAAGGAAUGAGAAACACGAGCCUUAUGUUGCCCUGAAAAUGAUCUGGCGACGAUAGAAGCGUAGAAUAGAACAUUGCAUUCUUUUGUUUGUAUUUUUAAUUGUGUUGUAAUAUAUUUAUGCUGCUUGUAGAUAUUCCUCAAAAGACUGUAACUAUGCCAUAACUGGACUCGAAGGACAGAGAGCAUGAUUCAAAGACACAGUGGACUGGAUAUGACUAUGCAACAACGAAGAGAGAAAGGAUCUGUAUGAUCCCUUUUUCACGAAGAGGAUAGCGAUCAAAUCAAGCGCCUCUGGGCCUUCGUCUUGGCUUCCCUCAAUGGCCUGCUCGUGCUGGGCUGCUGCCGAAAUCAUGCCCCAGUAGCAAUGAGAGUCGAGG